AUGAACGCAGCAGGAUGGCCUAUUGUUCUCUGCGACAAAGCUCGAAUCUUGGCGCGAUUCCCACGUCUUGUCGCGCGAGCUCACAGAUCCAACUAUGAUGGACGACAACUGUACAGCUCGGAUUGCCAGCUACCCUACAAGAACAAGAUCUCGGGAACGCAUCAAUACCGUGACCUUGGACGACUUGACGAUAUUGACAUAGCCAGCUUUCGUGAGCGUCAUUUCAAACCUGAAGUCCCCACGAUUCUACCUCGGCAUUAUUUUUGCGACCUGCCUGCGUCCGAACGAUGGUUCAAACCCUCUGUCUCCGAGACGAACAUAUCUCGUUUGAAUAUUGACUAUCUCACGGAACAUGGCGGUGAUGCGUAUGUGCCUUUGGAGCUUACACCAGGGACUGAGGACACGCAUGCGAGCAAAGAAGAUGGUACCGAGUUUCGGAAGUUUCAGGCCCCAUUGAGUCUCUUCCUACAAUGGAUCCGCGCGGCGGAAAAACAAUCACAAGAUAUGCGGCUAUAUCUAGCGCAGUGCCAACUACUCGACCUUCCUCCGACCCUGCGCGACGAUUUUCCUACUCCAGAGCUUGUAUUGCAGGCAGGCAAGGGAGACAUCUACGAUACGAACGUGUGGAUCGGACUCCCGCCUACAUACACCCCCCUCCAUCGUGACCCCAAUCCGAAUUUGUUUGUGCAGCUUGCAGGGUGCAAGAUCGUGCGGCUGCUGGCGCCGGAGGAUGGUUUGGCACUGUUUGGGACUGUGAGACGAUAUCUUGGGAAAAGCGGGACUCGCGAGGCAGCCUCGUUCCGCGGCGAGGAAAUGAUGCAAGGGCAAGAGAGAGAAAUCAUUGAGCAGUUGGUUUGGAAUGACGUUGACCCAAGCCAGCUUACUUCUGUGUCCGACAGUUGGGGCUAUGAAGCACGCUUGGAGGCUGGCGAUGGUCUUUUUAUACCGAAUGGCUGGUGGCAUAGCAUCAAAGGAGUCGGAAACGGGGUUACUGCAUCGGUCAAUUGGUGGUUUCGCUAG